UUGCAGAUCUCAACCACCAGUGGGAGCUUGCAAAAGGUCUGAAGAACCCAAGCUUGACACUGUACAGCGUAUGCUAAAGCCAUAACCCAAAAUGGCAAAGCGGCGCCCAGAUGGUUCCAAGAAUGGGGGAGUGUCCAGGAUGGAUUAUACAUUACCCCACUGCUUGCCAAGGUGGAUGAGAACAUCAGCAUCAUCAGGUGAAUUCACGAGGAAUAUAUAAGAGGGCUGGUGCCAGGGGAGUUGUUCUUGAACUAUCACCAAACCAUCAUCCAUGUGAAUUGUUGCUGAAAGCCCUGAAGCACGCGUUCACCUAUUCGCACUACUGUCUCCAUAUCCCUUCAACAGACCCCGACCCCUCUUGGAGCGACGGGAGCCCCGUUUCACUAAUCUACUAAAUAAGAACCCCCCCGCAGCGUCAAAAUGGCCCCACCCAAGGUAUUCGUGACUGGAGCUACUGGAUACAUCGGGGGAGAUGCUUUCUUCCGUCUCAAUGAAGUCCACCCGGAAUGGGAGUUCACUGCACUCGUCCGCAGUCAGGAAAAAGGAGCGUUGGUUACUAGCAAGUAUCCAAACACUAAGCUUGUGUACGGGGAUCUCGACUCCGUUGCGCUCCUCGAAGAAGAAGCAAAGAAGGCGGAUAUCGUCUACCACUUCGCGGACUGUGACCAUGUUGCUUCCUCACAAGCGAUUGCCAAGGGCAUAGCUGCCCACACGCCCGAUCGCCCUGGUUGGUGGAUCCACACUUCGGGAACAGGUAUUCUCACAUUCGAAGAUUUAGGCAAUUCGACCUACGGAGGUCUUCGCCCGAAGGAAUACAAUGACUGGGAUGGAAUUGGCGAAGUGACGUCUCUUCCCGACGAGGCUUUCCAUCGAGACGUGGACAAAAUCGUCUUGGCUGUCGGUGAGGUUGCUGCUGAUCGGGCCAAGACAGCCAUCGUCUGCCCCCCGACAAUCUAUGGCGCUGGACGGGGUCCAGGAAAUACCCGAGGUUCCCAGAUAUACAACCUGGCCAAGUACGUUCUAAAGAGAAAGAAGGGCCUCCAGGUGGGCAAAGGCGAAAAUGUCUGGCACGAAAUCCAUGUUUAUGAUUUGAGUGACCUAUUCCUCCUCCUUGGCGAAGCUGCGGCUGCCGGCGGCGGGAAAGCGACUUGGGGAAAGGAAGGGUAUUACUUUGUGGAAAAUGGAUCGUUUGUCUGGGGCGAUGUGGAGAAGGCGGUAGCGAAGAUUGCUUUUGACAAGGGACUGAUCACCUCCUCAGAGCUGGAAAUCCUGGAUGGCAAGCAGACUGCAGAUUUGUUUGCAUUUGGGCCUUUCUCGUGGGGAACCAAUUCGAGAGCCCAUGCGAUUCGUGCGAAGAAACUUCUUGGUUGGAAUCCGCACCGGCCAUCUGCGCGUGAAAUUUUGCCUGAUAUCGUUGACCUUGAAGCAAAGGCCUUGGUCCUUGCUUGAAAUUGUUAAAAUUUAUCUUGGGGACGUGCUAAAUAGUUCCUAAUACGGAAGACUGGGUCGAGCUUAGUGACUGUACAAGAAAAAUACACAACAUUUCCAUAUUUUCAACCUCACAAUGGAUACUCAGAUACAAUCAUUCUUGACAAAUACCUUCAGUGUCAUACUGAUAAAUAGGUUCUUCGAUUUCCCUCCCCUAAGCACUUGUCCCUUGUGCCAGCUUCCAACCGCACCUCCUUCCCCUCCCCUCCUUCCCCUUAACUCCUCCCUCUUCCUCUUCUCUUCUCUCCCUUCGGGGGCCUAUCUAUAAGGAAUAGGUGGCACGUCUGGCAGAAGCCAAUCAUCUUAUGAAUUGUUAAUCAAGUAAUGAACACUGCUAUAUUAUCUGACAAGUAGUAAUCAUUGACACCGAGAGCACAUCUCCUU